UUGCUAUGGUUGGGACACCUUGACUGUAAUACAUUCGCUUGUCUUCUUUAACUGUGCUUUUAUUGUUUCAUCUUGAUUGUGAAUUGGUUAUGCCAUGGAACUUUUAAAGGUUGGUUUUCCCUCAUACACUUUUCUGCAUUGCUCAGGAAAGGAAAUGGCAGCUGAGGGGAAUGUUGACUUGUCAACUCUGCAGUCUUGGCUGAGUGAGACUAAUGAAAUUGGGAAGCAGUAGAUGGAGCAAAGCUAUCCCAAGUAGAUUUAUUGGGAGCCAAAAUAAAGGAGGUGAAGACUAGCAUUCAGGGUCUGAAGAAGAAUCAAAAAGGAGUUAGAGAUUCUUUGGUGAAGGGGAAAAACUACUGCAGCAUUAUUGACCUACUUGAAAUCUAAGGCAAGAGCAAUGGCCAUUCCUGAUUUGGCCCAUACAUUUUGUGUCAUCAAAGAGUUGGAAGGGGUAGGUAUUGUGGACAAAAAUGGCACACUAUUGUCUGGCUGGUCCAGGAGUGUUGAUCUCUCUUCAUUUGACAGUCGAGAUGAAGAAACAUGGAUGGAAAUUAGUAGAGAUCAGGGUUCUUUAUAUGAGCAAGAUGGAUGUUAAAUUGAUGAGUUGCUCAAGUCUGGGCUGGUUGGCACGGUGUAAUGGAACUUCUUGUCAAGAGGGUCAUCAUGGCUGAAUCAGAAACUGCUACUGAGAAAGAGAAAGUAACUUCAGGUCAUGAGCUUGUUCGCAUUAAGUGGGAUUUUGAGUCUCUGAAAUCUUAGCAGUCUCAUUAGUGUCAGAGAAACUCUUCUUUCAUCUGAGAAGCAAUUUCAAACUAUUGAGAACCUUUUUGAACGGUUAGUAUGUUUUGAUAUAUGCUUUGAAUGUGGGUUUUUUUUUUUCCCCUUGACUGUACUUGCUUGUUUUUCAUUAUUGUGCAAUAUUCCUUUCAGAUAAUCUGAAACUAUUUGUCACUAUCAUAGGCCUUCUGUACUUUUUUGUAAAGUGUGGUCAAAAUGUCCUAGUAAAUUGACAUGGCUUAG